CUGCAGCCCGAAGUGCAUUACGGGGGACGCGACCUGGCGACUUCUCGAUGCCCCUGCCGAGGAAGUUCUAGCGAGGAAGACGGAAGACUGGGCCGUAAUGUGCGAAGCGGUACCGCGAACCUGGUACAUGAAACCGGAACUACACUGCAGUCUGGGAGUUCCGGCGGGGGCGUUGUCGCCCCCCGCGACCCUGUCGCCCCCGAGCAGUCCCAACGUCCUCCCGACUUCCCCCUGGAGUCCCGGAUGUCCCGGAAGCAGUUCCGGGAGCACUGCCUCUAGCGGCUUCGGCCAGCCAGUCCCGGAUCGGCUUAGCGCCUUCACUCUCGUGUCGAAUUACAGUCCUGAUCUGCGAUUGCAGAAUUUCACUCUGCCGGCAAGUGCAGCCGCACGAGAGAUGCGAUGCGGCUUAAUGUACAAUGGCUACGGGACAAUGGGGGUGCCCAAUGGGAGCCUUUCAUGGUGGGCCCAUCAUGCCGUGGGGCUUUUGUUACCCCAUUCGUUGCUGCCGUCCCCCAGGAUUCCCCAGAACCACGCCACGUCGGCCAACCAUUCGCCGAUUCACCAGGAACCCCCUAGCCCGGCCAGGGCGGGCUCGCCCAGGAGGUGCACCCCCGAAAAAGCGAAAAUCGAAGAGGAGGAGGUGCCGCUAAAUCUCAGCACGAAGCCCAGUGACGUGACGUCAAAUGUCACUAGGAAAAACGAGAUUUGGUCACCAGGGUCAGUCUGCGAGAGGGAAGCCAAGGAGACGAGGCCCUCCUCGACGAAAAGCCCGCCGACGACAGCGACGCCAACGGUCAUCAGGCAAAUUCACCACUCGCCCCUUACGCCGCCAUCUUCCUCGGAAAGGACCUUCCAGUGCAAACAGUGCGGCAAGGCUUUCAAGAGAUCCAGCACCCUGAGCACUCAUUUAUUGAUUCAUUCCGACACCAGGCCUUAUCCUUGCCAAUACUGCGGCAAAAGGUUUCACCAGAAGUCGGACAUGAAGAAGCACACCUACAUUCACACCGGAGAAAAGCCGCACAAGUGCGUGGUAUGCGGCAAAGCGUUCUCCCAGAGCAGUAACCUAAUCACGCACAUGAGGAAGCACACCGGCUACAAGCCCUUCCAGUGUGGCCUGUGCGACAAGGCGUUCCAGCGGAAAGUCGACCUUCGGAGGCACCGAGAAGGUCAGCAUCCCGCCGCACCUGCACUCGACUAUCGCUCACUUCAAGUUCAGCCGCAAGGUGGCAUUCGGCACGCUUCGCCCUCGGCGCCCUCGAGUUACCACCCCGCGCCGCCACCUGGUGGUAGCUGAGAUUAACGGACCAAUGAGCGUGAGUCUGGAGCGCGCUCGAGCGUUCCGAGUAGCCGACACCGAAGCACGUGACCUGUGGACCACCGCGCGGCAAAUUUAAAACCUGGAAACAAAAACCGACCAGUUUCGACUGCACGAGAAGAAACUUCAAAUGACGCCGAACGAAAACUUGUAAAAUGAUUAAGUAAUCUCAAGGUCCGUAUCGUAGAUUGUAUUAUAAUCGACGAGAAGAAUUGAAUCAGAAAACUGGUCAUUCGUUCCGUUAAUUAUGGUUUAACGGGGGGAGAGAUAUAUCGAUUUGAGGGCGGAUUUUUCUUUUCGGCUCUCACGAAUCGAUCUCGAUCUUUCGAGGCUCGAUUAAGGAUUUCCGGUAAACGCCUUGCCCCCCCCCUUCCUGAUAUAAUUUCUCCCCGUAUAAGGAGAGAGUCUCAUCGCCGAGCGACGUUGCGGCGAUCGCGAAACCGUCCAUUUUAUGACCAUGAAUAUUUAUACGUAAAUGUAAAAAAGAAAAAACGGGCGACGCGAUAUACAGUGGCGCGGCGAUUAACGCGCCGCAUCGGAACUUUCGUUUUAUCCGAAAAAGCAAUCUGAUAAUUGCUGGACCACGUGGAGAUUAUUUCGCGCGACUGUGCAUUUCCUGUUCUAUUGUCCAAAGAAAAAACACGGGGUGUACAGUGGUGGGCAUUAAGGUGAUGUGAAAGGGGCAUCCGAGAGGUCGCGUUUAUGAAACUUUUCUCCUAACUGGGUGCAUCGAAUUGUUUAAAAAUUGACCCCGUGAAUAUAUUGGUUAGCGAGGAAGGUUCUGACACUCGUGGAGUUUCAUUUAGUAUAGCGAUUUUUAAAAUGGCUUAUAGACAUACGUUUUAAAUGGAGUUUCAUGGGCAUCAAAACCUUCUUUAAAAGCCCCACAUUCAGGCGGUAAAAUUUAAAACGAUUCGGUACACUCGGAAAAAGUUGCAUAAAUGAGGGCCUUUAGGCGUCUCUUUCACGCCACCUUAACCUCUCCUCGCCAACUAAUUCUGGCUUUACAGUCUGAUUAUUGUACCGCAAAGCGUGGCAUCUCUCGUGGCUAAUUCGCGCCACUGUAAAUUGCCUCGUACCUGCAUCCAGAGUGUCUAAAUGUGCCUUUUAUCGGUGUCACCGCAUACCUGAUUCGUGUAUUCGUAAGUGUACUUAUUACCAUAGUCGCGCUCGUGGAGUACGCGCCGAUAACGAAUAUAAUUCGCAAUUUCGGGAAAUUAGGCGUUAUCGCCGCGUACACCGAAUCCGCCGACCGAACGCGCACAAUAUACAUGUUGUGCACAAUGUAUAAGAUACACAUUUAUACGAUAUUAUAUAUAUGAAAUAUAUAUAUAUAAUCCGUAUCGCGGUAUGUUGCAGGCGUUGUUAAUUCGAAUUACGUGUAUAGUCCGUCGAAGCCAAAGCUGCCUCCCUCUGGCGGGAGGCUAAGAAACGAGCGCGCUAAGCCGUAUACGACGUGCUGUUAAUUCUGCAGUAAUUACGUGUAAUUAGAUUCGUUUGUUAGGAUUUAGAGGUAGACAUUAGGAGACGGACCGCGGUCCCUGGCACCGGUGUACAAGAUCGCUCAUUGUCAAUGACUGGUCUUUCAUGGGCCUUCUUUUUCUUCCUCUUGUCUUUGCCGCGGAUAAGCGAGACCUAACCUCGAAAAGAAGUUCUCCCGAUUCACUCCACGUUUUGGAAUAAUUUUAAAGGGAGUAUUCUUUUCUUCUUGCAUGUACAUAUGUUAUUCGACUUUUAUCUUUACCUCUCGAAAUUUAAGGAAUAAUUCACUUUCGGAAGGAUUGCGGUUUUUGACGAUGUUUCUAUUGUACAAAGAGUUGCGUUAAGGGUGGAGGAAAGAGAAAGAGAAAGAGGGAAAGGACGAGACAGAGUUAAUUUUACGAAAUUUAACGUCUGGCAAAGAAUCAUAGCGGCUAGAGGACCAAAGAUAGAUUAGUAAAGACGGGCUCGACCAGUUAGUGAAUCGAAUUUGGAUUUUCCAUUGCGACUUCUCGAUUUUUAACCCUCGAAAAUUCACCCCGAGGGGGAGGCUCGCGCUUUCCUUUCCGCGAAAAUCCGAAUUCCACCGAUUGCUCGAAUCCACGUACCUUAAAGUGUACGAAAUUGCACGAAUACCAUUACGAUAGUAAAUUAUAAGGGUUGUAAGAAUUUCAAAAGGGAUCUACCGAUAAUGGACGCUGCAAACGGAAGAGACAGGUUGCGGGAUUUCAGAAUAUUUCUAAAGAAAAGAUUGGAGCAACAUUUUCGACGUGAUAUUUAUAAGCUCCAUUUCGGGAGGUCCCUUAAGGCGAUCGAGAUGGCGCCAGUGCCGCCAUCUUGGCGAGAAAGACUUUUCAUCGUACUACGAAAGUCAUGGUAUCACAUAAGAGCACCGAGUGCUAUGAUUUCCAUCGAAAUGGCGGGAUCUCGAUAAUCAAAACAGUAAAUGAGGAUCACAAGUACUGGGGUCCAGUGAGGCUCAAAGAACGGACGAUUAAUCAUAAGUGUAACGUAAAGUAGGGUUUAAUAAAGACAAAGGAUAAUUAGGCAGUAGUUUUAAGGAUACGUGUGCUUGCGAUAAAAGAAGACGAAUGCGUGAGUGUAGGAAAGGAUAGAAAAGAAAUAAUGCGGAAGAUUGUAUGCCAAGAGAGCGGAGAAGCGUGAGAGAGAGGAGAGAGAGAGAAAAGAGAUGAUUCGUGUUAAUCGGUAAAACCAAAAAAUAUGUUUAUUAUUGCU